AAGCAGAGUCCACGAAUGCUGUCUUCUACUGAAGAAGCAGAAGAAGAAGAAACCGAACAAUGGGGAGGCAACCAUGCUGUGACAAGGUGGGGUUGAAGAAAGGACCAUGGACUGCGGUGGAGGACAGCAGGCUCAUCAACUUCAUCCUCACCAACGGACACUACUGCUGGAGGGCUGUGCCCAAGCUUGCAGGGCUUUUGAGGUGUGGCAAGAGUUGCAGACUGAGAUGGACAAACUACCUCAGGCCUGAUCUCAAGAGAGGACUGCUCUCUGAAGCAGAGGAGAAGUUGGUCAUUGAGCUUCAUUCCCAGCUCGGAAACAGAUGGUCUAAGAUUGCAUCUCAUCUGCCGGGGAGAACUGAUAACGAGAUCAAGAACCACUGGAACACCCACAUCAAGAAGAAGCUGAGGAAGAUGGGGAUCGACCCGCUGACUCACAAGCCCAUCCUUCCUGCUGCUGCCGAGGAGCAGCCGCCGCAGCAGCAGGGCGAUCGCAUGGCGGACACCAGCGCAAAGAUUUCUUCUGAUCAGGAGCAAGUCGAGGAGAAGAAUAACGUCGCGAGCUCGCCGGGGUUCAGCACGGAUGAGGUGCCCAUGAUGCUGCCCCAUGAGAUGACCGUCCCCUGCCCUCUCUCUUCGUGCUGCUCUUCCUCUGGCUCCUCGGAGAUGCAACUACCCUGCACGGAGUGGCCUGAGUCCAUGUGUCUCUGGGGUCUGGAUGACUGGAAUGGGGCGUGGGAUUCGGUCGAUGAUAAAUUCUUGGGCCUCGAUGGCUUCGCUCAGUGCCAGAGAACUUCUUUGGAUCAGGAAUGUUGGAAAUUUGAGCUUUUCUGAUCACUAGCACUGUUUCUGCCAUUGGUGCUCGCGCGUAUGAAGAUGAUCUUCAAGAAAUUAAGCAAGUGCAAUAAUUAAGAAAAGUAAUCAUAGGAAGAGGAAUUAAGCAGCACGAUAAAGCGCGAUCAAAUUUUUUUUAAUCUCCCUGUUGCUGCUGCUCGAUUUCUUUUUAUUUUCUUUUGCUGUUGGUUUGGCUUUUUGCACUGGUUAUGACCUAAAGUUUUUUUUUUUUAAAAAAAACAUC